GCAUUUGAACGCUUAAUUUAUAGCAAGUUUUAAAUACAGCAUGUAAGGUGCAAAAGUGUCGCAAUUAAAAAGACUUUUACGUCGCGUACCGAGUUUUUCUGGCCAGUAAGCCACUGGCUGCUCUGUUGUGCUUUCUGGGAGCAAAAAAACACCGCGAAAAUAUGAACGUGAACUAUGUCGUUCAUUCAUUCAUUUGCCAUCAAACAUCAGCAUCACAAUUAUAGACUGCUUAAAGCGCAUUCACGAUGAGUUAUUCAGAAAAGAUUGAUGAUAUUUCGAAGGAGGAAUGGAUGGAUAAACUGAAUAAUGUGCACAUCCAGAGGGCUGAUGUGAACAGGCUCAUCAUGAAUUAUCUGGUAACGGAGGGCUUUAAAGAAGCUGCAGAGAAAUUCCGUAUGGAAUCUGGGAUUGAACCCAAUGUGGAUCUGGACUCUCUGGAUGAGAGGAUAAAGAUCAGAGAGAUGGUUCUGAAAGGUCAGAUCCAGGAAGCCAUUGCACUCAUUAACAGUCUCCACCCAGAGCUCCUUGACACCAAUCGAUGCCUCUACUUUCACCUUCAGCAGCAGCAUCUGAUUGAGCUGAUCCGUGUGCGGGAGACUGAGGCAGCGCUGGAGUUUGCGCAGUCGCAGCUUGCUGAACAGGGGGAGGAGAGCAGAGAAAGUCUUACUGAGAUGGAGCGGACCUUGGCGCUGCUUGCUUUUGACAAGCCUGAAGAAUCGCCAUUUGGAGACCUGCUUAACAUGAUGCAGAGGCAAAAGGUGUGGAGUGAGGUGAACCAGGCUGUUCUAGAUUUUGAGAACAGGGAAUCGACUCCAAAAUUAGCAAAGCUUCUGAAGCUCUUAUUGUGGGCUCAGAAUGAACUGGACCAGAAAAAAGUGAAAUACUCCAGAAUGACAGACCUCAGCAAGGGCAUCAUUGAGGACUCCAAGUAGAGACUAUUCUACCAAUAUGGACACAUUUGUAAUUUUUUUUUUCCUAUUUAUAGACAGUUGUUGGAUGGCAAAUACCUAUAUAUCUAUAUAUAAUGUCUUUUUCUUUAUGCCUCUAUUACAAAUAACUAAAACAACUGUAUAUGAUAUUACAGAACUAUACUGAAACUGUAAACCUACAUUUUUAUGUUGCUAGUCUAUUUUCUGAAGAACAGAAUAUUUAAAUGGUACUGCUUUUUUGCUGCUAAUUUAAAGUGAGAUCACCUGUGCUUAAAGUGUUGAUUUUUGUCCUUUUGAAUUUUUCUAUCCGCUUUGUUUUUGCAUUGGUUCACACAAUAUCCUCAUGCCAAAUUGAUGCUGUUUUUUGGAGACAAAGAGCCAAUACAAGCUCUUGGUUUGAAUGUAAAAUCUUCAAAUAUAAUAUUGGUUAUACCCACUGAGAUAUAUAUAUAUAUAUAUAUAUAUAAUCUCAGUGGUUAUACCCUAUAGACUGCGAUAUAAUAUGUGGCUGAAAAUGCCACAAAAUGUUUCAUAAAACAUUACAAAAUUGAUUUUGAGUUUUUAAUAAUUUUUUUUACUUGGUUUUCAUUUAAUAUUUUUUUUAAUUCUCUAUUAGUGAUGUGCCCUCUUAAAGCUCUGUAGGUUUUAUUUAUUAAUUUGAGUAAUUCCAUCUUAAUCAAGGGUCUAACAACAUUUUGCAUGUAUUUAUAAGCUGGCACAGAUGCUGGUAAUGUCACGUUGUUUUAAUUUAAAAUGGCUAAUGCUAUUGUUACUACAAACUUUUAAGAGUUAUUCUUGCCCUUGGGAUUUUGUCUCA